GAAAGCACAUGAAUACAAAGCCACAGUUCGUCGUCUACUUUCACUGCUGUGUUGAGCCGCUAUCAUGAUGCCUUCAAGGCUUGUUAUCACAGUGUUGGUGUUAUCUUUGUCAUUCAUGGACAUUUAUGCUGCAGAAAACAUCCAGAAAAUAAAUGUCACUGUUGGAGAAAAUGUGCUCCUUCCAUGCCCUUGCCCUAAAAACACUGAUCAAGUGGUAUGGCAAAUUGAUGACGAUAUUGUGAAUAUGUACAGUGAGAAGAAUAAUUCUGAAAAAGUUCACGAAUUCUACAUUAAUAGAACCCAACUCUUCACCAAGUCUGAGAAAGAAAACUGCUCACUGCUUCUCCUUAAUGCAUCUUCGUUGGAUAUGAAGAAUUUUACAUGUAAUUUGUUCAGUCCAUUUCUUUCAACAUCUACAGUUGAGCUGAACGUGGUUUCACAUGAAAAACCGGAUUCAGGCUCAUUUAUUGCUCCGUCUCCUACACCGCAUCCAAUUUCUGCCCGUCAAUCUUCCUCUCACUAAUGCUGGUCCCUGCUCCUGAUUGGGGAGGACGAGGCUGCUCCACGCCCCCUCCGACACAUGCACAGCAAUCGAACAUCUUAUCACCUACACUUGACUGGCGCAGUGCAGUACAGCGCUGUGUACGGAGAGCCACACCCUCUACCGCACUCCUUUCCCAUCUCCAUGCAGGCGCCACCAACCAGCCAGCAGAGGUCGUAAUCACACUAGUCUGAGAGAGAGUACCCAUCCGGCUUAAUCCCACCCCUAUCUGAACAACAGGCCAAUCUUUGUUCAUGUGGCCGCUCAGCCUCAGCCGGCAGGCAGAGCCGGGAUUCGAUACGAUGUAUUCGAGAUCUCAGUUCUGGUGAACAGCGUGUGCUUUUACCGCUGCGCCACCUGAGCAGCCAGUUUGUUUUUAAUAAUUAAUGUAUUUAAUUUCAAAUGAACAAUGAACAGUCACUUUGUUUAGUGCUCGGCUUGAGCGGUGCGGUAAAACGUCAUCAUUAGGGACGUACCCACGAUGCGAUAUGAUUCACGAUACUGGGUUCACAAUACGAUUUGUCCCACAAAUUUUUUUAAACAAAAUUUAAUUAAAGACAAAUUAUGAAAGUUUCUUUUAAUUAUUUCUCUUAAAAAAAAAAAAAAAAAAAUACUGUAUUUGUGCUUAUCUUUUAUUUAUCUAAAUAAUAAAUGCCCUUUUAUUUCUGAGGUAGGUACAAACUAUCCCAAAUAAUGCUUAUUGUGUGAAAAAAACUGAAAUGAUUUUUUAAAACAAAUCCCACAUUAUAUAAAUAAAUGAAAAAAUACAAAUAAAGAAAGUAUAUUAACAUAAAUAAAUUUGGCAGGAAAAUCCCCUACCUGGUUAGUGCCGUCAACCAGGCGAGGUGAAUAGCGCCAGUGCCCUCUGCUGUUUAAAGUGAAUAUUGAUUCAUCUUAAAUGAAUAACCGGUUCAAAUCGUGGCACAUGUGCACCGUCUUCUGGUGAACCGUUACAUCCCUAGUCAUCAAAGUGCACAUAUGAGACGACACUGCAUUUGUAUGGAAUACCCAUCAGAUUCACUCUGAAAGCUCCACAUGUAUCUGUGUUUAGCUGUAUUUUCCUCACUGUUUCACUUUUAAAUUUUAAGAAUCAGCUUUUUUAUUUCAGUGUGUUUAGAUUGUGUUUUUUUUUUUCAGUGUAUAAGUGUCAAAAACAACCCCAUUAUUUUAAGCCUAAAAUAUAAGCAUUUCCACGGGACCAUGGAACACAUUAACAGGUUUCCCAUACAUCCUUACUGGAAAAAAUACCUUGAAACUCAACGCCUUUUAAACUCAACGCCACGCCAUUAUUUUUUAAAAUAUUUUAAGGUUUCUUAGUAAAAGUCAUUGAAUGUAC